AUGGCGACCGACAAGAAAGUCACCGAGGUUGCAACUGCAGAGCCUACCUCUUCAGACUCGUUCCAUUCAACAGACAACAACACAGUGAUGGACAAUGCAGAUGGAAAACGGCCGCCACCGUUGCUCGCUAAGCUGAUUGCCGUGUUUGUUAUUUCCUGCAUUAGUUUUGGGUCCCACUGGAGCAGCGGCGUUGUAGGAGCGAUGAAGAGUACUCUGAAGAAGCAAAUGCACAUCACGAAUACUCAAUUCUCGUUACUCGAAGCCAGUGAAAACUUCAUGGCUACCGUCCUUCUUCUACCGGGUGGUAUUGUGACCGACAGAGUAGGAGGUGCUCGGAUGAUUGUUUAUGGCAAUAUUGUGUAUACCAUUGGAUCCAUACUAGUGGCUGCUGCAACCACAGUUCGAUCCUUUAAGUUCAUGGUCGGCGGAAGGAUCAUCCUCUCCCUGGGUGACAUUGCUACCCAAACGGCACAGUACAAGAUGUUCUCGUCGUGGUUUCCUCCAAGCAAUGGAUUCGCCUCGACCCUUGGUUUUGAACUGGCAAUUGGCAAAAUUGGAGGGUUUGUAGGGAAGUCAACAGCAAACAUCAUCGCUAAGAAUACCGGUAAUUUCGCUUGGGUCUUUUGGACAUCCGUCUUCAUGAACCUUUUCACGAACGCAGCAACUUGCUUCUUCUGGCUGUUCAAUCGUUAUUGCGAGAAACACUUCCGUGGUCGCGAAGACAAGGCAACUCAGGAAACUCUGACCGAAAAGAACAGGAAGUUCGAACUCCGCAAGAUGUUCCAAUUGCCGUGGAUGUUCUGGGCUAUCCUCGCCUUCUCAAUGUUCCAGACUAGCACCGCCAGUGUCUUCAGCUCGAACGCCACAGAGUUAGCUGAGAAGAGAUUCAAUGUCGAUGCAAUCAAGGCGGGAUGGUACAGCUCUUUAGCCCAAUAUGCAGGAUUCUUCCUUGUACCCUGCUUGGGAGUUUUUAUUGACAUCCUCGGCCAUCGUGCCUCUGUUCUAUGCGUGUGCGGUUUGGGGAUCUUUAUCGCCAUGGUAUUGGUGAACUUCGCCGAGUCCAAACAAGGCACAGCCGCGGCAUUCGGUAUGUACGCGGUUGCGGUUUCACUGGGUCCAACAUCGAUCAUCGACGGCAUUCGUACGUCUCUUUGGCACCAGUCGGUCUUUGGCUCUGCGUACGCACUAAAGGUUACCAUGAAUAACGCGAUGACGAUUAUUAUCGGCAUCAUUACAGGUGCACUUCAAGAUGCUGAUGAUGAUUCCUACCGUCGAUCCGUGCGGGUCUACCUCUUUCUGGCCAUCUGUUGCGCGAUUGUUUCGAUCGUCCUCCUGAUCGGUUCCAUUAUCGGUCGGGAUCUUGCUCCUCUGCAAUGGACCCGCAAGCGACGCAUGGCCUCCGGAGCUGAGUACAUCGGCAAGCUUCGGGAACAUCAUCUGGUGACACACUACCAGCGUAGCAGGAUGAUCUCCAUCUGCUGCUUCACUGGUUUGGUGUUGCUUGUAAUGGGAAGCUGGGCGGCAUAUAUCUGGGGAGCAGUGACAGGAAAUAAUCCUUGA